AUGUCGCGCCAUCAUCCCGAUCUCGUCAUGUGCCGCAAGCAGGCCGGCAUCGCCAUCGGCCGCCUCUGCGACAAGUGCGACGGCAAGUGCCCCGUGUGCGACUCCUACGUGCGGCCGACGACUCUCGUCCGCAUCUGCGACGAAUGCUCCUUCGGCAACUACCAGAACAAGUGCGUCGUCUGCGGCGGCGAGGGCAUCUCGGACGCCUUCUACUGCUUCGAGUGCACGCGCCUCGAGAAGGACCGCGACGGCUGUCCCAAGAUCAUAAACCUCGGCAGCUCCAGGACCGACCUGUUCUACCAGAAAAAGACCAAUCGGACGGCGACGUACUAG